UUCUUUCCCUUCUCUUAGUUGUCUUCAGAGAAACCUGUAGGUGAAAGGACUGUACGUUACUUGGAUUGCCAACAGAGGGAGUACUGGCUUGACUUAACACUGUCCAUUGGAGCUGGUAAAGCAUUUGGCCUUGGAUAAAGCAGGGAAAAAAGUCUUCCUGGCCAAGUGAGAUGAAAAUACUUUGGUUUACUGUGCAGGUGUAUAAGGAAAGACUUCUGAAGGGAUGACGUUCAGAGGUGGUUUUGAUAAGAUAACUUCAGAGCCUGAACUUGCUCAGCUUUGCAGAUAAUACCUAUUUCCUAAAGAUCGUAAUCCAUAAAUACACUCUGCAUGUGAAUGCUUAAGAGAACUCCAGCCUUUUUCAGUUAAAGCCUUUAUAUUUACUUCCUUUUUUCCCCCCUAAACUUUACAGGAAGGGAAAACCAAAGUCUUUUUAUAUAUGAACAGCUUGUCUUCCAAGAGGCUGAAAAACCUUUUUGCAGCAUCUACCAGUUCAGUUUAUGUGGCUGCAUUUGGAAAGCAAAAUGGUCAAGGUUUAUUCCAGAAUUGGAAAAACUUGAAUAAUAUAUUUUAUCCAUGUUUGGAAAAAGAUAGUUGCUACAGACGAAGAGGAUUAACACUGGUAUUGCAGAAAGAUGAGUAUGUUAAAACCAAGUGGACUUAAGGCUCCUUCAAAGACCAUCAAGCAUGGAGGUACAUUGCUGAAGACACCUGCAUCUGUGGCAGCUGCUCCAGCAGAAAAAGCAGCUUCCAAUGAAAAGACCUCAAGUACAACCACUGCAGAUGCACAUGAAGAGUUUGUGGAUGAUUUCAGAGUUGGGGAGCGUGUUUGGGUCAAUGGAAAUAAACCUGGCUUUAUUCAGUUCCUUGGUGAAACACAGUUUGCUCCAGGACAGUGGGCAGGGAUUGUUCUCGAUGAACCCAUUGGGAAGAAUGAUGGCUCCGUGGCUGGAGUUCGCUAUUUCCAGUGUGAACCCUUGAGGGGAAUAUUUACAAGACCAUCAAAAUUGACAAGGAAAGUGUUGACAGAAGAUGAAGCCAAUGGUACACAGACAGCUCAUGCUUCUAGGGCUACAUCACCAACUUCCACAUCAGCUGCUAGCAUGGUGUCGUCAGCCGCUGCUGCACUUCCUCCUUCAGGAAUUCCACAGAAAACUUCACCACUUGCUUCUAAGGAACACUCAACUCCUUCUCAGAUUAGCAACCUUUCAAAAACUGCAAGUGAGUCGAUAUCAAAUCUCUCUGAAGCUGGAUCACUAAAGAAAGGAGAAAGGGAGCUCAAAAUUGGAGAUCGUGUUCUGGUUGGUGGAACAAAAGCCGGAGUUGUGCGUUUCUUGGGAGAAACAGACUUUGCUAAAGGAGAGUGGUGUGGAGUGGAGCUGGAUGAACCUCUGGGAAAGAAUGAUGGAGCUGUUGCUGGAACAAGGUAUUUUCAGUGUCAGCCAAAGUAUGGUUUGUUUGCUCCUGUCCACAAAGUUACGAAGAUUGGAUUCCCCUCCACCACCCCAGCCAAAGCAAAGACAACCGUGCGGAAAGUGGUCGCGACUCCCACAGCCAUGAAGCGAAGUCCAAGUGCAUCUUCCCUGAGCUCCCUCAGUUCUGUGGCAUCUUCAGUAAGCAGCAAGCCAAGCCGUACAGGACUAUUGACAGAAACAUCCUCCCGGUAUGCAAGGAAAAUAUCUGGUACCACAGCCCUACAAGAGGCACUGAAGGAGAAGCAGCAACACAUUGAACAGCUCCUGGCAGAAAGGGACCUGGAGAGGGCAGAAGUUGCAAAAGCAACCAGUCACGUAGGGGAAAUAGAGCAGGAAUUAGCGCUUGUUCGUGAUGGACAUGAUCGGCAUGUACUGGAGAUGGAAGCAAAAAUGGACCAGCUACGAGCUAUGGUGGAGGCUGCUGACAGGGAGAAAGUGGAGCUUCUCAAUCAGCUCGAGGAAGAGAAAAGGAAAGUUGAAGAUCUUCAGUUCCGUGUGGAAGAAGAAUCCAUUACCAAAGGAGACCUAGAGCGAAAGAGGCAGAUUUCGGAAGACCCAGAAAAUACGCAGACCAAACUGGAGCAUGCCCGCAUUAAGGAGCUUGAACAGAGCCUGCUCUUUGAAAAGACCAAAGCUGACAAACUCCAGAGGGAGUUAGAAGACACUAGGGUGGCCACGGUAUCAGAAAAAUCACGCAUCAUGGAACUAGAAAGAGAUCUAGCGUUGCGGGUGAAGGAGGUAGCUGAGCUUCGAGGGAGAUUAGAGUCUAGUAAACACAUUGAUGAUGUGGACACUUCUCUUUCAUUGUUACAAGAAAUAAGCGCUUUGCAAGAAAGAAUGGCAGCAGCUAGCAAAGAACAUCAGAAUGAGAUGAAUUCACUGAAAGAGAAGUUUGGAGUUAGUGAAGAAGCAUUGCAGAAAGAGAUCAAAACACUUUCGGCUUCAAAUGAGAAAAUGACAAAAGAAAAUGAAUCCCUGAAAACUAAGCUGGAUCAUGCCAACAAGGAGAAUUCUGAUGUAAUAGAGCUGUGGAAAUCGAAGCUGGAAUCUGCAAUUGCCUCCCAUCAGCAAGCAAUGGAAGAACUAAAAGUUUCUUUCAGCAAAGGUGUAGGGCCUCAGUCAGCAGAAUUUGCAGAGUUAAAGACUCAGAUUGAGAAACUUAAACUAGACUAUGAAAAUGAAAUGUCAAACUUAAAACUGAAGCAGGAAAAUGAAAAAUCUCAUCAUUUAAAAGAGAUUGAAUCACUGAAAGCAAAACUGUUGGCAGUCACAGAGGAGAAAGAGCAAAACCUGGAAAGCCUGAAGACCAAACUGGAAAGUGUGGAAGAUCAGCAUCUAGUAGAAAUGGAAGACACUUUAAACAAAUUACAGGAAGCUGAAAUAAAGGUAAAGGAGCUAGAGGUACUGCAAGCCAAGUACAAUGAACAAACCAAAGUUAUUGAUAGUCUUACACCACAGAUCAAAGCUGCUGAAGAAAAGCUUUUGGACCUUGCUGCACUUCAGAAAGCCAAUUCUGAAGGUAAAUUGGAAAUCCAGAACCUUAGCAAGCAGCUUGAGGCAGCUGAGAAACAAAUUCAGAAUUUAGAGACUGAAAAGGUUGAUGGAAAUAGCAAGGCUAGUAAUCUGGCCAAAGAACUGCAGGGCAAAGAGCAAAAGCUUCUUGACCUUGAGAAAAACUUGAGUGCAGUAAAUCAAGUUAAAGAUUCUUUGGAAAAGGAACUUCAAGUUUUGAAAGAAAAGUUUACUAGUGCAGCUGAUGAAGCAGAAAACGUUCAACAAUCUAUGCAAGAAACAAUAAAAAAACUAAACCAAAAAGAAGAGCAGUUUGCACUCAUGUCCUCAGAACUGGAACAGCUGAAGUCUAGUUUGACUGUGAUGGAGAAGAAAUUGAAGGAGCGAGAAGAGAAAGAACAGCAACUGGUUGAAGCUAAAGCCAAACUUGAAAAUGAUAUUGCAGAGAUCAUGAAGUCUUCAGGAGACAGCUCUGCCCAGCUUACGAAAAUGAAUGAUGAGCUCCGGUUAAAAGAAAGGCAGUUGGAGCAAAUACAACUUGAGCUUACAAAAGCAAAUGAAAAGGCUGUUCAGCUUCAGAAAAACGUGGAGCAGACAACACAGAAAGCUGAGCAGAGUCAGCAAGAAACCCUCAGGAUUCAUCAAGCUGAACUGAAAAAUAUGCAGGAUCAACUAAUGGACAUGAAAAAGCAAAUCGAGACCAGCCAAAACCAGUAUAAGGAUCUUCAGGCAAAGUAUGAAAAGGAAACUUCUGAGAUGGUCACUAAACAUGAUGCAGAUGUCAAAGGGUUUAAGCAGAACUUGCUGGAUGCAGAAGAGGCACUGAAAGUUGCACAAAAGAAAAAUGCAGAGCUAGAAACAGAGGCUGAGGAGCUGAGGAAGCAAGCGGAAGAGGCCAAAGCUGCCAAAAUAGCAGAUGAUGUUAUCCAGACUGUGGAGAAGGUGACCAAAGAGAAGGAUGCCAUUCACAAAGAAAAGAUUGAAACUUUGGCCUCUUUGGAGAACUCUAGACAGACAAAUGAGAAGCUACAGAAUGAAUUGGACAUGCUUAAACAAAACAACCUGAAAAAUGAAGAGGAACUUAAUAAAUCAAAAGAGCUGCUAAAUCUGGAGAACAAGAAAGUGGAAGAACUUAGAAAAGAAUUCGAAGCGCUGAAGCUGGCAGCAGCUCAGAAGUCCCAGCAGCUCGCAGCUUUGCAAGAGGAGAACGUGAAACUUGCCGAGGAGCUGGGCAGGAGCAGGGACGAAGUCACGAGCCAUCAGAAGCUGGAAGAGGAGAGAUCAGUACUCAAUAACCAGUUAUUAGAGAUGAAAAAGAGCUUCCCCAGUAGCACUUUAAGAGAAUCAACGUUACAGAAAGAAAUUGAUGAAGAGCGAGCAUCUUUACAAAAAUCCAUCAAUGUUACUAGUGCCUUGAUCACACAAAAAGAUGAGGAACUGGAAAAACUCAGAAACGAGAUCACAGUGCUCCGCGGAGAAAACGCCUCUGCCAAAACCCUGCAGUCAGUGGUGAAGUCGCUGGAGUCUGACAAACUCAAACUAGAGGAAAAGGUGAAGAACUUGGAGCAAAAGCUCAAGGAGAACAACGAGCAGCCUUUAACCGUAAUGGGCUCCUCAGGUGACAUUGCUGCUAAUCUACUUCAAGAUGAAAUCGCAAAGGAGAAGCAGCACGAGAUCGACUUCCUGAAUUCAGUGAUAGUGGAUCUGCAGAGGAGAAAUGAAGAAUUAAACUUGAAAAUACAAAGAAUGUGUGAAGCAGCCCUCAACGGCAACGAAGAGGAGAUAAAUAACUACGACAGCGAGGAGGAAAGCCUGUCCAAGAAGAAACCUCGCCUCUUCUGCGACAUCUGUGGCUGCUUCGACCUUCACGACACCGAGGACUGCCCGACGCAGGCGCAGAUGCUGGAGGAGCCGCCGCACUCGGCCUACCACGGCAGCAGGAGGGAGGAGCGGCCCUACUGCGACACCUGCGAGAUGUUCGGGCACUGGACGGCCGAUUGCAACGACGACGAGACCUUCUGACGCAGCAGUGGCGGCGGGACGGCCGGACUGUGCCCUCGGCAGCCACUGCCCACCACCAGCAUUGCCCUCUGCUGAAGGGCAGGAAAGGGACAACGUUUCUUGACCCUCUGGCUCCCCUUCCCUUUGGCCCAUCCGCUCCGGAAUCAGUAAAUGGAUAACCGUUUUGCUCCUCCACUACUAAAUGCCCCACAUCUCCCUUUAACAAAACUUUAAGUGGAAUAUAAAUAAAUGAUUUAACAAAUGACUUUAUGCUGUUUCUUCCCAGGUUCUGGGUUUGUCCCCACUCUUAACCAGAAAUGCCCUCGUGCUGUUGCAUCUAUUGAUGGGAAAACGUGUAUAGGAAUGAAGCACUAUAGUUAUAUUAAAGCUUAUUUAAAUACCUUAAAAA